CCUGCAACUACGUCAUCACAAGUGUCACCGCAAGUUCAACAUUCAAAAUAAACCAAAAGAAAUUCAGUAUUCAAAUUUUAAAAAAAUAUUUAUCUGCUCACAAAAAUGACGGCUGAAAAAUUCAUUGAGUUCGAUAGUCUAGACAACGAAGCCCAAGAAUUAAUACGCGAGAGUAUCGAAGCCAUGAAGAUGUCGUACUCGCCAUACAGCAACUUCAAAGUAGGCGCAGCAUUAAAAUGCGACGACGGGACAAUAACACGAGGAUGUAACAUAGAAAAUUCAUCAUUCCCAGCAUCCAUUUGUGCUGAACGCACAGCGAUCUCAAAAGCCAUCUCCGAUGGAAGACUUAAAUUCAAAGCCAUAGCUGUCGCCGCGAAGAUGAUUAACAAUUUGAUAACUUCGCCUUGCGGCGUUUGUCGGCAAACAUUAGCUGAGUUCGGUGACAUGCCAGUUUAUUUAACAGACCCAACGAUGACCAAAGUCGUGGAGACGUCAGUGAAAGAUUUACUGCCACUGGCGUUCCAUUUAAAUAAAGCCGGUCCUUGAUACUCAUUUUUGUCCCACUUAUAAAUUAAAUCUUCCUCACUAAUUAUUUAACAUAAUCGACAUACAUAUUUGUGUAUGAUAUACACUAGGGUGGUCGUUAAAAACGUAAUUUCAAACAUUCGUAAUCCUUUCAAUGCUCAACUGAUAAGAUCUAAAAAAGUUUUUUUGAAAUAUCUUCGUAAAUAUACGUUUUGUAAAAAAAAUGAAUAUGACCUUUUUUGUCGAGAAUUUAAUUUCCUACAAAAUUGUCCCUAUGACUUUUUCUUUUAAUCUGCAUAUUUAAUGAGAUAUUAAAAAAAAACCGCGAUUGUAUCGAAAAAUCAACUUGGAUCUUCCUGAGGCACGUGUUCUUUACUCAAAAAAAAAAAAAACAAAUUCCCCAGGUAUUUUUGCACUAAACAGAAGCUUUUUAUGGGCCGUCUGAAAAAAUUUAAUUUUUACCGACCACUCUAAUAGACACGCAUAAUAUAUUUAUGCCAUAAUAAUUUCAUGAUAAAAUAUUUUAUAAAAAAAAAAUAAAAUCCAAUAUUUAAGCAUUUAAUUUUAUUUGAUAUUAAAUAAAAAUUAUUUAAUUAUUAAUUUUUUUUUAAUAUUACAGAUAAACUAAUUUACAAUGUUAAUUGUUUUAAUGCAAUUACAAAUAAAUUUAUAUACAGAA